AGGGAAGGCUGACCGUCGCACCCGGCCUUUCUCCCAGCGCAGGGGCCCUAGGAUCGCCUGCAGCCCGCUGCUCCCGCUGCUUCACGUCUGACCGACUCUGCUGACAGACGCUGACUUGUUGGAUGAGCAGGCACCUCUGGAAGAAUCAGCUGUGUGAGAUGGUGCAGCCCAGCAGUGGUCCGGCAGGGGACCAGGACGUGCCGGGUGAAGAGCCUUCUCUGGGGAAACCAGCCAUGUUGCAUCUGCCUUCAGAGCAGGGCACUCCUGAGACUCUCCAGCGGUGUCUGGAGGAGAAUCAGGAGCUCCGAGAUGCCAUCCGUCAGAGCAACCAGAUGCUGCGGGAACGUUGUGAGGAGCUGUUGCAUUUCCAAGUCAGCCAGAGGGAGGAGAAGGAAUUUCUUAUGUGCAAAUUUCAGGAAGCCAGGAAGCUGGUGGAGAGACUGAGCCUGGAGAAGCUUGACCUAAAGAGGCAGAGGGAGCAGGCCCUACAGGAGGUGGAGUACCUGAAGAGAUGCCAGCAGGUACAGAUGGCCGAGGACAAGGCCUCCGUGAAAGCCCAGGUGACAUCGUUGCUGGGGGAGCUCCAGGAGAGCCAGAGUCGCUUGGAGACUGCCACCAAGGAACUCCAGGCUUUGGAGGGCAGGGUGCGGGCAGCCAGCGAGCAGGCCAGGCAGCUGGAGAGCGAGCGGGAGGCACUGCAGCAGCAGCACAGUGUGCAGGUGGAUCAGCUGCGCAUGCAGAGCCAGAGCGUGGAGGCUGCCCUGCGCAUGGAACGCCAGGCCGCCUCGGAGGAGAAGCGGAAGCUGGCCCAGUUGCAGGUGGCUUAUCACCAGCUUUUUCAAGAGUAUGACAACCACAUGAAGAGCAGCAAGGGAAUGCAGCUGGAGGACUUUAGGCAGCAGCUCCAACAGGCUGAGGAGGCCCUUGUGGCUAAGCAGGAAGUGAUUGACAAGUUGAAGGAGGAGGCUGAGCAGCACAAGAUUGUGAUGGAGACCGUGCCAGUUCUGAAGGCUCAGGCGGAUAUCUACAAGGCAGACUUCCAGGCUGAGAGGCAGGCCCGGGAGAAGCUGGCUGAGAAGAAGGAGCUUCUGCAGGAACAGCUGGAGCAGCUGCAGCGGGAGUACAGCAAACUAAAGGCCAGCUGCCAGGAGUCAGCCAGGAUUGAAGACAUGAGGAAGCGUCAUGUAGAGACCUCCCAGCCCCCUUUACCCCCUGCUCCAGCUCACCACUCCUUUCACCUGGCCUUGCCCAACCAGAGGCGAAGCCCCCCUGAGGAGCCACCUGACUUCUGUUGUCCCAAAUGCCAGUAUCAGGCUCCUGAUAUGGACACUCUACAGAUACACGUCAUGGAAUGCAUUGAGUAGGGCCAGCCGCUGCAAGGCCGCCUGUGGAUGCUAUGCCCAGGGCAGUGCAAUCUGUGUUUUCCUCUCCCACUUGCUUAGUCCAGAAUUAAGGGCUUGGUGCCAAAGAGUGGGCCCCAGGAGCUAGCUGUAGGGCCCAUGUUUCAGCCCUUUUGUCUGCUAGUCCACCUCUUUCAGGGUAGCUAGAGCUCCAGUCUGCUCUUUUCCUUCCCUUCUUUCUGCCUGAACCACUUACCCCUGGUGGUUAAUCUCUUCCUCUUCUCCCAUCCCCCGUGGGAAUCUAGAAUGAAGGCCAGGGUCUCUCAGGGAGAACUGCUUCCCCUAACUGAGCUGGGUCCAGCUCAUCCUCCUUCUGACUUGCUUGCCCUGAGCUCCAGCCUCUUCACCCGGCCAUGUGGUACUCUACUUUGUGGCUAUACCAUGGUAUGUUUAGCCAGUGCCACUGAUGGACAUUUGGGUUGUUUCCAGUAUUUUUGCUACCAUAAGCAAUGGUGCAGUAAAAAUGCUUGUGCACUAUGUAUGUAUGUAUGUUUGUCUUUGGGACAGAUGCUUAGAAGUGUCACUACAGUCUUGGCAUGGAGGAGGUAGGUAGACCUUUGGGUUUCUUGCCAUCUAGUAAGUAUGCUUUUCUCUACUAAGAGUGAGCUUAAGCAUCUUUCCUGUGGAGAACGGGCUCUCAAUUCCUCUGCUGUGAAUGGGGUGUUCAUAUUUCUUAUCCAUUUUUCUAUUGGAUCAUUACCUUUUGUUCUUGGAUUUUUAGGAGCUCCUUGGUCAUUAGCAAGAUUAGCUCUUGUCUGUGACAGAAAGCAUACAUAUCUUUUCCCACUUCGGUCUUGCUACUACUGUUUUUGACCUUGAAGAUAUUUUAUCUUUAUGUAGUCACAUUUAUUCAUUUUUUUAAACUUUCACUGCUUUGGGUUUGGAGUUGCAACCACUGUGGUCUACACUGUUCUUUAACACUGAAGUGUGCUUUUGCCUUUGCCAUGUGUAUUAUUGUCCAGAGUGAAUGGUGGUGGCCAUGGCCCAUCGCAUUUCCCAAGUUGUGAUGUCAUGUCCUACACUAGCCCCAAAUGCCCUGACCUUGCAAAUGGAAGCCAGUUGGCAAUGACUGACAGAUUAUGAACAAGGGGACUCUUUACUUGUUUUGCAAGAUUCUGGACAUUUUCUAGAACAUGACAGCAUGCAUAUUAACUCUGCAAUUGUAGUAAUGGAAAUGAAGUUGAAUGGCAACACGUAUGCAUCACUGACUUCUCAGGCCUGGAAACCACCUUCCUGCCAUCCUCCAAGCCUCCCUGGUUAUGAAUGGGAUGCUCUGAAUCCAUCCCCAGACUUUUUUAUGUUGGGCUUCCUGCUGGUUGGCAAUCAGAGGGCUAGAAUUGGGGUAGAGGCCUUUUAAAAAUAAGCCAGAAUGAUUUCUUCAUCUCAAGAGCUUUAUCUUCACUGCAAAGACAUUUGUUCCAAGUAAGGUCAUAGUCACAAGUUCUGGUGGUUUGGACCCGCACAUAUCUUUUUGCACCAUUCAUUCCAGUAUGGGGCAUCUUCAGAGCCCACAGAGGGCAAAUGUAGCCUGAAGACAGAUGCUUCUAAGACCUGCAGUUCUGCUAGAGGGACUUGGUCCACAGGGUGAUGGUGCCUACCAGGCUGUAGAGUUUGGUGUAGGGCAGGUCCUUUCAGGUAUGAGAACAUCUUGCCUGCUGUGGGCCACUGCUGCUAGGACCAGUGGAUGUGGGUGGGAGAGUCUGGUGGACUACAGUAGUCGUUGGACUACCUGCAUCCUGGUUAGCAGCCACCAGCUGUGUAAGGUUGGGCUUCAUGCUUCUCAGGAACAUGAUGGGCACACAGGUCCCCCUCUGACAAGCACCCUCUUCUGAAAGGGCCUUAGGAAGAAGGCAAGACGCAGGAGCAGUGCGAAGCAGUUGUUCUCCCAAGGAGAACUCUGCACAGCAAAGUCAUCAGGAGUUUGAAAACACUCUGGUCUUGGCUCCCUGGACCAGUUGAGUCAGGACCUGGGGGUGGGCCCAGGCAUUGGUUGGGACCCACUCUUGCUACAUGCUUUCUCUAAAGCAGUAUGAAGACCUAACCACACAUUAGAUACCACAGAUUUUAAGCUCUACCACUUUCCUAGACAUGGACAUUCUGCUUUCUUUUCUGGGUGAUUUUUCAUUUUUGGCACUACUGGGGUUUGAAUUCAGGGCCUUGUGCUUGGUAGGCAGGCAUACUACCAUUCCAGCCACUCCACCAGCCCUUUUUUCUGAAUUUACUUAAGCUGGGCUUCUGGAACAACUGGUUGGAUUCCUCUCAUGAGGGAAUCAGCCUGCCUGCCUUAUUAGCUGUGGCUCCCGGACCCAGACAGAAGCAUGUCCCCCUCUGGAAUCCCUGCUCCCUGUUCAUGCAUGCUCCCCUCCUGGUGGUCAAUGUCCAAGGGAAAUCCAGAGGUCAAAAAGCACAGUAUGAAAGGAUUUUAUAUGCACUAGUAACUAAAACUGUACAUGCAAAUGGUAAGCAGAAGUGACAUCAAAACGCCAACCAACACAGCCCUAUGUAUGGUGCCCUGCUGGUAAGGUGUGGGCACAGGCCUUGCAAUGUCAUCCCUUCUGAGGGAGCUGUUUGGUGAGAUGAGGCAAGCACUUGAGAAGCAUCCUCAGUCCUCUUUACCCUGGGACAUUUGGCUACUCACACUGACACCAUCUGUCACCGUCAGAGGCUGUGGUGAAAUAAGAGGCUGUUUAUCUGAUGACAUAGCCCUGCACAGCUAGCAUUUUGAACAUCUUCUUUUUUGGGGAUGGGGGCAGUACUGGGGAUUGAACUCAGGGCCUUGAGCUUGCUAGGCAGGCACCCUACCAUGCCCCCCGUUUCGAACAUCUUGUUACAUGGAACACACUCUUCAGUAUGUUGGUGUCAAAAGGCCAGGGGACAAAAUUAUGUAUAAAGUAUGAAAUAAAAGAAAAUCUGCAAGUGUGUAUACUGAUAUCAUUUGGAUGGAUGUGGUGGUGGGAUUACCAGUAAUGAAAAGGUUUUCUUUUGUAUUUAUAUAUUUCCUGUAUGCCCAUAAUUUGCAUGUAUUAUUUUGAUACAUAGACAAUACAUGUUAGUGCAAGUUACAUGCAGCUCUGAGGGUUCCUCUGUGCUAGUGGUUGAGGAGAGCUCAUUGCUGAUACCACUGUUUGUCAACUCAAGCACUGUUUGGCACAGGGAACAGCUCAACAUUUCCAUGGGGCUUGCAUUUCCUGUGGCUGGUGCAGCAAAAUACCACACAAUGGGGGUU